GAUAUAGCUUUAAAAUGCGAUGGAAACCUUGGAGCAGACGGCGUGUAAUUGAUUAGGAUGACGUUAAUUUGGCUCCAAAUUGUCUGCUAUAAUCGGAAAUAGCUGUAGAUCUUCGUUGACUUCUUCAGGCUCGGUAUGUCGGAUGAAGAUUCCCGUGCCAGCACCAGCUCUUCCUCCUCUUCAUCCUCAAAUCAUCACCAUCAGCAGCAACAACAGCAGGACAUCAACUCAUCCAAGAAACGGGAGAACAAAGCCAGCAUGAGCAAGACCUCCAAACUCCUCUCUACUAGUGCUAAAAGAAUUCAAAAGGAAUUGGCUGAUAUCACAUUGGAUCCGCCGCCAAACUGCAGCGCUGGUCCAAAAGGAGACAACAUCUAUGAGUGGAGGUCGACCAUCCUGGGCCCUCCAGGCUCUGUGUACGAGGGCGGAGUCUUUUUCCUGGACAUCGCCUUCACACCAGACUACCCCUUUAAACCGCCCAAGGUGACGUUUCGUACCAGGAUCUACCACUGUAACAUCAACAGUCAGGGAGUGAUCUGUUUGGACAUCCUGAAGGACAACUGGAGUCCUGCCCUCACCAUCUCCAAGGUCCUUCUGUCCAUUUGCUCCCUGCUCACUGACUGCAACCCUGCUGACCCUCUGGUUGGAAGCAUCGCCACACAGUACACAACAAACAGACCUGAACACGACAGGAUAGCCAAACAGUGGACCAAACGCUACGCCACAUAAUCACCCCAGGAGCUGCUGCUGGUUGGACGACUUGGGGAUGUGAGAGGGUUCGACUCGGGGACGGGGCAUGGCCCCCGGGGGGGGGGGGCAGGUAGGGGGGUGGGUGGAUUUUUAUCUGGGAAUUGAAGAAGUCUUAAUCCUGACAUUUUGUUGUUUCUUGUAUUUUUUAAGUUAUCUGCGGCCCAACUAUAAUCAAACCUGGCAAUAAUGCAUUACGUGUUUCCUCUUUGAACUUUUAGCUCGUGCUUGAAGAUGGACAUUAAUACUAAACUGCUAGAUGAAACGUGUCACAGCAUGAUUCCCAAUCGGUGUAAACUCUCACAUGUAUUCAGUUGCAGUUGGUGUUUGCUUCCCCCUCCAGACUCCCGCUCUUUGAAAAGGUGUUUUACACAUGUAGACAUGUUAAGCUAUGGAUGGAUAUUGGUUGUGAUUUGUGUUCUGUACUGAUAAAAAGCUGUUCUGUUUUUUCCCUUAAGAAUUAAACAUGACCAACCGAA